UUCUCCACGCCACCACCCGUUUCCCACGCCGCACAGAAAAACGGGGUCAAUCUCCACAUCGCUCGCUAUCUUCUUGAUCGCCAUCGGCGGCGGCGGCACCACACACCCCCCACAAAACUAACGCAGCUUCUUCUCCUUCCCUCUCUUGCGGCGCGCUCGCGGGGCCGACAUGUCCUCGGCGGCUCCGCUGCUCGAGCCCGCCGACGGCAAGGGCGGCGAGGCGAAGAGGCCCUGCGGCUGCCCGCCGGCGUGGCUGCGCCGCCUGAUCGACACGGAGGAGGCGUGGGCGCAGCUGCAGUUCGCGGUGCCCAUGGUCCUCACCAACAUGUCCUACUACGGCAUCCCGCUGGUGUCCGUCAUGUUCUCCGGCCACCUCGGCGACGUCCACCUCGCCGGCGCCACGCUCGGCAACUCCUGGGCCACCGUCACCGGCUACGCCUUCGUGACCGGCAUGAGCGGCGCCCUGGAGACGCUAUGCGGGCAGGCCUACGGGGCACGAUUAUACCGCAUGCUAGGACUAUACCUGCAGUCGUCGCUCAUCAUGUCGGCGGUGGUGUCUAUGGUCAUCGCCGUCCUGUGGCUGUUCACGGAGCCCCUGCUUCUGUGCCUGCGUCAAGAACCCGAGGUGUCCCGCGCCGCUGCGGUGUUCAUUCGGUACCAGAUCCCCGGUCUGUUCGCCUUCUCCUUCCUGCAGUGCCUUAUACGGUACCUGCAGACACAGUCCAUCGUCCUACCGCUCGUCGUCUGCUCCGUGGUGCCAUUCAUGCUGCACAUUGCGCUGAACCACCUGCUGGUGAACGUGCUUGGGUUCGGCCUCAUCGGCGCGUCUACCGCCAUCUCCAUCACCUUAUGGUUCUCCUGCCUGAUGCUGCUUGGGUACGUGAUGCGGUCCAAGGAGUUUAGCGAGACAUGGAAGGGCUUCUCCGCCGACGCGUUGAACUACGUGUUGCCGACGAUCAAGCUCGCGACGCCCUCCGCCAUCAUGGUUUGCUUGGAGUAUUGGGCAUUUGAGCUUCUGGUUCUUAUCGCGGGAUUGCUACCAAAUUCCACAGUGAGCACGUCGUUGAUCGCCAUGUGCUCAAGCACGGAGGCGAUUGCCUACAUGAUCACCUACGGAUUCAGUGCCGCUGUAAGCACCCGGGUGUCGAAUGAGAUCGGAGCCGGGAACGUGGAUAUGGCGAAGAAUGCGGUCGCGGUGACGCUUAAGUUGUCGGUGUUCCUCGCUUUCUCCUUCAUCCUGCUGCUGGGCUUUGGCCACGGCCUUUGGGCGAGACUCUUCAGCGGGAGCAAGGUGAUUGUGGCAGAAUUCGCAGCCAUCACCCCGCUCUUGAUGAUCUCGAUUGUGCUCGACUCCGCGCAGGGCGUACUGUCAGGGGUGGCGAGGGGCUGCGGAUGGCAGCACCUGGCGGCGAUGACGAACCUUGUGGCGUUCUACUUCAUCGGCAUGCCGUUGGCCAUGCUCUUUGCCUUCAAGCUCAAUUUCUACACCACGGGUUUAUGGUCGGGUCUGAUCUGCGGGCUUACUUGCCAGACCAGCACGCUGGUGGUGAUCACCGCCCGCACGAAAUGGUCCAAGAUCGUGGAUGCGAUGCAGCAAGAGAAGGCCAACUAUAUUGCUUGAUCGAUAAAUAUCGUUCAUGGCUUGCACCUGUUGUAGGGGGUUUUGUGAGAUGGCCAGGGCGUACGAUGUUUGAACAGAAAGCUAGCUUUUUGACCGUGUACUUUCAGGGAACAUAUGUCUCAGAAAUAGAAAGAUGUACCCUAAAAAAACAGAAAAUCGAUCCUGUAAUGGCAAUUAACCAGAGAGUGCAGGAGAAACGUACA